CUCUACCCACCAAAUUCCGCACACAAUCUAAAGUUCACAAGAACUCUAGAUUAACACUUAUUUUCACGUUUUCAAAAGAAACGAAAAAGAUUUUAAAUCUGUAACAAAGUCUAUUCACCCCCCGCUCUAGACUUUGUAUUUCACCACUUUGGGACCACCAAUUGGUAUCAGAGCUUACUUCUCACUAUCUACGUUUAGAUUAACGAGAAGCGAUCAAAAUGGUGAACAAUAUGGAUCACGGUUUGCCCAAGUUUUCUCUUCUAGGUUAUGAUGAUUGGAAGAUCAUGAUGGAAGCACACCUCUACGCUCUACAUGAUUGCAUGUGGAUGGUGCUUGAGGAUGGACCCUUGAAAAUUCAAAUGGAGAAUCCUGAGAGGAAUCCAGCAACUCCUGAUGUAGUCCAGUACAUUCCAAAGCCCAAAGAAAAAUGGGAUGAUAGAGAUUGUAAAAAGCACAAUCUGGACAACGUUGCCAAAGCAGCCAUCUUCAAGACACUUGAUCCCAUCACCUUCUCCAAAAUCAAGCAUCUCAAGACUGCCAUGGAGAUAUGGCAAGGUCUUGGGAAGCUAUGUGAGGGAUCAGAGGACUUGAGAAAGCAGAAAAUAGAAGUCUUGCUUGAGAAGUUCAAAGGCUUCAAAAUGCUUCCCGGAGAAUCAUUUGAUAUGUUGGAUGAAAGAUUCCACAAAAUCUUGAAUGAUCUUGCCUCACUUAACCACAUUCUUUCUCCCAAAGAAAAGAAUGUAAGGUUACUGAGAUCACUUCCAACUGAGUGGUAUACCAAAGCCACAGCCAUGGAAGAAGGAAGAAACCUGGAAAACUACACUGUCCAAGGUCUCCUUGAUGAGCUCAGAACCUAUGAGCACGAGCUGAAGAAGAAGAAGGAAGAACAAGUCACUCCCUUCCCCACGGCAUUGAUGACAACUCCAAGAGUCCCAUCAAGUGAAGGGACAUGCCCAAGAAGCUGUGACACACCCUCCUCCAGCCAGCCAUCAAGCUUAAAAAUGGAGAACUAUGAUGAGGAAUUUGCCAUGAUGGUCAAGCAAUUCUGGAAGUUCAAGAAGUUCUUCAAGAAGGCUGAUUCAGUCAGAAGGCCAACCAAGGGAAAGCCACAAGUAAGUGACUCCCCUCCUGAAUCUUACUUUUGUUAUAACUGCAGGAAGCCUGGCCACUGGAAGUCAGCAUGCCCGUACCCAAAGGUUGAGAAGUACAGAGAAAGAGAAAGAAACGAGAAGAAAAAGAAGGCAAGGGUUGCUGAAAGUGAUGAGUCAUCCAGCUCAAGCUCGGAUGAAGAAGCCCUCGUUUGCAUGGAGCGCAGAGUUGAAAAGUCCAACCAUGAGGAUAGGUGGACAUUGUCAGAAGAUGACACUCUCUGCCUAAUGGCCAAAGAUGAUGCCAAUCAAGAGGUAACCUCACAAACCUCCUGCUCAUCUUCUUAUGAAAGCAUACCAACUUCUGAAAAUCUUUUUGACCAGUUCAAAAAGAUGAUGGUAGAUUUUGAGGAAAUAAAUCUCAAACAUUCUUCCUUAACAGAGGAGAACAAACUAUUGAGUGAAGAGAAUCUCAAAUUGACUGAAGGUCGGAAAAGUCAACUGGAUGAGAUCACUCAACUCAAGACUGAAAAUGAAUCUCUCUCUGAAAAGGUGAAAUCCCUUAACAAAGAACUAGGGACACUUAAGUCCAAAGAAGCAGUGGAUAAGCUUCUUGAAACGACCAAACAUAAGGGUCGUGAAGGACUUGGCUAUCUGGAAAUGAUAGCCGCUCAAGAACUCUCAAAAUUUCUUCAAAUGGAGAUUCGCCUCAAAUUCGAGGAAGAAGUUCUUGAAUUCUACAGAAAUGGAGAAGUCAAAACUGCUCAUUCAAAAAAGGACCCACAGAGGACAUUUCCGGUCAUCAAGUCCACUAUUGGAGGUACGAAAGUGAAGCUUUCGCAGAAGAAAUUGGGAGAAAAGCUUCGCCUUCCCAACUCUGGGAUUGAAAUUGGGAAAUUUCUAGCCAAAAAUCUGGACUGGAACAUCAUUGGAAUUUCUGGGCAAAUUCCUUCUGGCCCGGCGAAGAAAGCAGAUCUAAACAACGAUUACAAGUUGGUUUUGGAACUGGUCAUCGCUUGCCUCGAAUGUGGAAGUGGAGGUCAUGACGAUGACAUCACCCAGGAGAGAGCCUUCAUCAUCAACGCUCUCAUUACCAAAACUAAGGUAAACUGGGCUGCACACUUUUUCAAUUCCAUCUCAAAGCAUUUGGGAAAGCCCAACCAGAAAUAUCUCUAUCAAGGACUAUACCUUGGACAUAUUUUGGAGUCUAUGGGUAUUGCUUCUAAAGGAAAGAAGUAUGAAGAAAGAUACUGGUUAUACUAUCUGUCUUCAAAAGGGGAAAACAGAGCUGGUACUAGUGCCACUGCAGAAGAAAGCUCUUCAGAUAACGUCCCACUUAUCCAUAUGACAAAGACUACCAAAAGGAAGAAAGUGGUGUCUCCCUCCAUUGAAGCACCACAGAACCUUGCCUUUAUAUGUUUGGAAGAAGAAGAAGAAGUCUCUGACCAUGGAGAAUUUCAAAGGAAGAAGGAGAGGAAAAUCAACUCUCCAUCAACAUCUGGAAAUGUCAAUCCGGAUGAGUUGAAGGAGAAGGAGCCUGCUGAGGAAACCUCUGCCCAAAACCGGAGUACUAAACAACUUGAAAAAGAAACUCCUCAAGUCCAAAGCCUUCCAACCCCCUCAUCUCAGCCUCAUACAGAUGAUACAGAUGAUGCUGACAACAAAUUCUGGCAGCUCUACUAUAAUUGGAGAGCUUGGAAAGUUGGAAAUUCAGCAGAGCAACUGUUGGAUUGGGACCAACAGCUGAAGAAUGAGGAGAUUAUCAAGAAGUGCUUAGGAAUACCAGUCAACCACAACUAUGAAGACAUUUUGAAUAACUACUGGGUAUGGCAAAAGAACCCUGAAGACCUGCAUAUGGAAUACCUGGCCAAUACACCAGUUUCAGACUGUGAAGCAGAUGAUGAAGACACUGCAGUCUUCAAGCCAGUCUUCUCAAAAGUCACAGAAGACCAAGUGGCUCUUACUUCUGUGGAAGCAGCAGUUGAGGAUUUCCAAACAUUUCCGGAAACCUCACCUGCCUUCGAAACGGAAACCUCACCUGCAUUUCAGAUGAAAAUCCUCAGAUCCGGAAGACUACAUAAGAACCGGAUGUCUCGCUACAACCCGCUGAAGGCUAAGUCAUCCAAAUCGGAAGACUAGCGCGGAUCUCCUUCUCACCCAGAAGUCUGAAAAUGACUCCUCCGGAUUUGUCAGCUAAGAAUCGGAAGACUCACUGAAGACCGGAAUUCUCAGAAAGCGGACAAGUGAGAAAAGACUUAGAAAAUUAUCUAAGUCCUGAAUGAAGAAAUUCUACCCGUUGGU